CUUCGGGGCUUAGGUCUUCGCCGGAGAGGAUAAUCGGAAUGGAGAGAAUCCACGUCUCAGUGAGGGCUCGACCGUUAUCUCCGGAGGACGCGAAGACGAGUCCAUGGAAGAUCUCCGACAACUCCAUUUUCACUCCCUCUAAUCCUUCUUCUUCGUUUGAAUUUGAUCGAAUUUUCGGAGAAGAUAGCAAAACUGUAGAGGUUUAUGAGGGGCGCACGAAGGAGCUUGUUGCUGCUGCUGUUCGUGGAUUCAACGGCACUGUGUUUGCUUAUGGGCAAACUAGCAGUGGCAAGACGCAUACGAUGCGAGGCUCACCUAAUGAACCCGGCGUCAUCCCUCUCGCUGUACAUGAUCUAUUUGACAUCAUACUUCAGGAUGUGGACAGAGAGUUUCUAUUGAGGAUGUCUUACUUGGAGAUCUAUAAUGAAGAUAUCAAUGACUUGUUGGCUCCUGAACACCGAAAACUGCAGAUUCAUGAAAAUUUAGAGAGAGGAAUAUAUGUAGCCGGGUUACGAGAAGAAAUUGUGGCUUCUCCUGAUCAAGUCCUCGAACUUAUGGAAUUUGGAGAAGCUCAUAGGCAUAUUGGUCAGACAAAUAUGAAUCUGUACAGUAGCAGGUCGCACACUAUUUUCCGCAUGAUUAUAGAGAGUCGAGAGAAAACACAAGGUGUGGACACUGGAAAUGCUUGUGAUGCAGUCCGUGUUUCUGUCUUGAAUUUAGUAGAUCUAGCCGGUUCAGAACGAGCCUCAAAAACUGGUGCAGAAGGUGUCAGGCUAAAGGAGGGUUCCCAUAUCAAUAAAAGCUUAAUGACAUUGGGAACUGUAAUUAAAAAGCUAAGCGAAGGAGUUGAAAACCAAGGUGGACAUGUUCCAUAUCGAGACAGCAAACUUACACGGAUUUUACAGCCUGCUUUGGGUGGCAAUGCAAACACAGCUAUCAUAUGCAAUAUCACACUUGCACAGAUUCAUGCUGAUGAAACUAAGAGCAGUCUUCAGUUUGCAAGUCGAGCAUUACGUGUCACCAAUUGUGCCAGGGUCAAUGAGAUAUUGACAGAUGCUGCUCUUCUAAAGCGACAAAAGAAGGAGAUAGAGGAGCUUAGAUCCAAGCUACAGGCUUCUCAGUGCGAGCAUUUGGAAGAAGAGAUUCUGAAUUUACGUAACACCUUGUUGAAGACUGAAUUAGAGAGGGAGCGAAUCGCACUCGAGCUGGAAGAAGAGAAGAAGGCACAAGUGCAGAGGGAAAAAGUUUUGAAGGAGCAAGCAAAGAAGAUUGAGAAUUUGAGUUCUAUGGUUCUUCUUUCGAAUAGAGAUGAGAAGCGUGAGCGUGAUCACUUCAAGGGGAAGAGAAGGGACACAUGGUGUCUGGGGAAACUGCCACGGGACUCCCCAACCAAGGUGGACCCUAAUAUUCUGCCCAGAGGUUCCUCUCUUAAAUCAGAGAGACCUGAGCGUGGUACAUGCACACUUCUUCCUUUUGAUGAGUUAGUAAAUGAAAAUGAACCUGAAGAUAAACCUGGCAACCAAGAUGAGGGGAGUGUUGGCAAAGUUUCUGAAGAUUGUGCACUUCCAGAUCCAUGCAAUUUAGUACAUGUGACAAGCAGAAAAAAACUUUCGGUCAAGCAUAAAAGCCCUACAAUCACUAGUGUGGAUCAAAUUGAGCUAGACAAAAUUCAAAAGGAGUAUGAAGACCUCCUAAUGAAAUAUGAAACAGAGAGAACCAUCAACGAAGUACAAAUUGAAUGCCUCAAGAGGAAAUUGGAUGAAGCUUGUUUAUCUCAUGAAACGAAAUGCAGUGUCCAAUCAGAAUGUCAGGUCAACGGGCUUAUGCUUCCAGGUGAAAAUAUUGUGAGCUUAAGGGAUUCAGAGGCUAUUCUUAUUAUCAAGCAACUCCAAGAGAAGUUGGAAAUGGAAAAGGCUUCGAGCCAGCAAAACCUUGACGAUCUAGUCAGGAUUGCUACUGAACAGAAUAUAUGUGCCAAAGAGAAGCUUAUUGAGCUUCAAGAAGAGAUUCUUGUUGCUAAAGAGGAGGCACGGGUCGCUCGUGAGCAACUUAUGUCCAAGGAGUCUGAAGUUGCAAUUGAUGAGAAUUUUAACUUUGUGAUCAAGCUUUCCACUGAAGUUGAAGCACUAAUGUCUGAAUUUCAAACAUCUCGAGCAUCAGUGGAGAACAUAUCAUCAGUUGUUGACGAAGUUCUUCAAGAUUUUGCCACUUUCUCUCAUGAGUUCACAUCUUUGAUGCACCAGAGGUCCGUGCAAAAAGCUUCAGUUGUCAGCAGCUGUGAAAAUAUACAAUCUUCUCUAAAGCAUAAAAUUUCUGAGCUUGAAGAAGAGAAGCUUCAUCUUCAAAAUCAGUGUGCUGGUCUGCAGAACCAGAUAGAAAAAUUAAGUCAGGAUUCUCAAAACCAUGAAGCGUCCUUAAUGAUACUCUCAGAACAGCAUGAGUCAGAGAGAUCAGAUUUCCUUUCUCAUAUUGAGUCUCUUGAGAAGGAAAUGGCAAGUCUGUCAUCCUCUUCUUUGGCUAAAGAAAAGGAGAAUUUGAGAAAAGAGUUUGAGAAGACGAAAACCAAGCUGAAAGACACUGAAUCCAAGCUUAGGAAUGCCAUGCAGGAUAAAACUAAACUAGAGGGUGAGAAAGCUUCGGUUGAGAGAGAAUUAAAGCGAUUGCAUAGCCAGAAGGCCCUCCUUGAGAGAGAUAUCAAUAAGCAGGAGUCCCUUGCUGGUAAAAGACGUGAUUCAUUGGUUGUUGAGAGAAGUUCAAAGCAGCUAUUGCAGGAAGACUACAGAAAGCUUGAGGUUCUUGCUUUUGAAAUGGAAACAACAAUUGCUUCACUGGAAGAGGAACUGUCUGUUGCUCGUAGCGAAAAAGAGGAGGCACUUUGUAGGAAUGAGGGUUUGACUUCAGAAAUUGCGGCUUUGACAAAGGAAUUGGAACACUCAAACUCCCAAUUGGAAAUUGUGCAGAAAGAGGUCUCAGAGCUUAAAAUCAAGCUUGAAGAGUCUUCUUCUGACAAGCAAAAAUUGGAAGCCAAAGUUAAACUCUUGCUUGAAGAAAAGGAGGAGCUAGCAAUGCGACUGGCUCACUCACUUUUGGAGAUGGAAGAAGAGAAAGCUAUAUGGACUUCUAAAGAAAAAGCUUCAAUAGAGACCAUGGAGGAGAAGAUCAGGUUAUAUAAUGCAGAAAUCUUGUCACUAUCUGAAGAAAUGUCAGAGGCAAAGAAGGAGCUGGAAUCUUGUAGAGGCGAAUGUACUAUCCUUGCAGAUAGACUUAGGUGUUUCGAGGAGAAUGCUAAGAAGGAAAAAGACCACAGCAUGGAGAAGUCCGUGGAGAUUGAUAGACUGAAGCAUGAACUUCAAUCAGCUAAUGCUGAAAGUAAGCAAUCUCAGGAGGUUCUUAAGGCAGACCUUGAUACACUAAAUUUGGAACUUCAACGCACUCGCAAGAGGCUGAAUAUGCUUCAGAAAGAGCUGGACUGUGUCACGAGUAAACGAGAUUCUCUGUUGGCUCGCAUUGUGGAACUGAGCAGGCCAAAUCAAUUGCAGACUGUAGAAGCAAAAGAUUCAUCAGAGGAUCUGGCUCAGAGACUCUCAAACCUAGAAGCCAAAAUGUACAAGGAAGAAGCCGGCAAUAACAUAAUGAAGGCAAAGCUAAAAAUGAGGCUAAGGGGGACACAAGCACGGCUAGAAGCGAUCAAUCUUAGAUAUAAGCAGUCAGUGGCAGAUUCAGAACUUAUGAACAGUAAGUUUCAUGAAGCAUCCGCAAUCCUGAAAGAGAAAUUAGCAUCAAAGGCACUUGAAGUCAUUGACCUCAAGAAGCAACUUGCUUCUUCUUCAAGAAAUCAUUAGUAAGUUUAUCUGUAAACUCGUCCAACUUGAUAGCUCAAUUGGUGAAAUGGAGACGCAAAGUGUUUGUUCUAUCCCGAGUUCGAGCCUCAAAUUGGGGAGAGGACCGUAAUUUCAAUCAGUUGGUUUGCUUAUGACUACGUCUCGGUCCAAAACAACCGGUUAUCCAAAAGAAAAGUUUCAGUCAACUCUCUUGAUUGGAGCACUCUGUUUAGGGCUAGUGAUGAUAGUAUAUUAGUGAGUAGGUCAAGGAUACCCCGGGGAAUCAGGGGCAUUUUGGUCCACUGAGCUUGGUCUCACCAUUGUUGUAUGUAGGCUUGUAACAACAAUUUCCUUUUUCCUUUUAAUUAUACGUGUACGUGUAUUUGUUCAA